AAAUCAGGAAGAACAAAAAGCAAUCGUUUCCACCAUUUUGCUUGCUUCUUGCACUCCACCUCUGGCAUCCAUUGUCCACGCUACGCUAGCCCCAUAAUCCGGAGUAGGACGUCUUUGUUUAUUUCGUGGGAAGAAGCAGCAACGAGGAGGAAGAGACCAUGGGCAAGAAGGCGUUCUCCGCGGCCUUUGCCGAGCAGCACGGCUUGUCAGGUGAUAAGUUUCCUGACACUUUGGAAGAGGUUUUGAUAGCCCAGACAGCACUGGAUUUGGACUUUGAGAAGCUUUCCCUGGACGACCGUGAAAAAUUGGUGUUCGAUAUCCACGGUCUCCCCAGUAUUUCCCAAGCAACCGACCUCAAGGAACAGCAGCAAAAGCUAGAAGCAUUGGAUGUGGCAUUGGAAAGUAUUAGUGAUGACGAGCCUCGCAAGUCUGCCUACAACAGUGCUGUUUCUCUGAAUCCAGAGUAUGUCAAGGGACUCCGUACGAAGUUUCUGCUAGCCAAUGAGUGGGAUCCCAAGCUGACAGCAGAUCAAAUGAUUCAGCAUUUUGUAAACAAAAAGAAGUUGUUUGGGUCCGGUGAGGUGCUGGGCAGGGACAUUUUGAUGAGUGAUUUGACGAAAGAAGACAUGGAAUAUCUGGAAAUCGGUUGUACACAAGUUCUGCCCAGUCGAGAUACUGCAGGCCGAGUAGUGCUCUUUUGUGCCCCAGGAUAUGGUGCCUAUAACAAAGUCACUAAUAGCGUUUGUCGCGCCAGCUGGUAUUUUUUGCGAGCAGUCAUGGCUGAAGAAGGCGUGGCAGAAAUGGGACUUGUCUGCGUCGACUAUGGUUUGGGAAAAUAUGGAAAUACCAUAAACUUGGAUGUCAUGAAAGAACUCGCCAAUAUCUUUAUCGAUGGAGCUUGCCAAAGAACAGCUGUCGAGCACUAUUGCUAUGAUCAUGACGAUCAUGACAUGCAUUAUUGGCUACAUGGAGCAUCUGUCUUCUCCGAUGAUUCCUUCCGGCAUCGCUUACGGGUUCAUGCUGGGUCCCAAUCUGAUGUCUUGUUCAAGCUCCAAACCUAUGGCAUCCCCACACACGAAUUUCCAAUCAACAAUGAACAAACACUGGAUUGCACAUGGCAUCGACAAUGGAUUGAAAUCCAACGGAAAAAGGAAACAGCCAUGAACCCAAAAAUUCUAUGCGUCAUUCCCAGGCGCUUUGAUGUUCUCUUUGGGCGCGGUCGUGAUACACGAGUGCACGCUGGAAACCUAAGGGCCAAGCAUCUUGUCGAAAUGAGAUUUGACGAGUACGAAAAAGCCAACAAAAAAGAAAAGACAAAGAUUACCAAAGAGAUUGUGGCGCAAAUCAAAGAGUCGAAGGGCCGUUUUCUCAUUUCCCAUGAGGGGAAUGGUGAGUGGGUAGAGGUGGAUGAGGAGACUGCUCGAUGCAAGAUUGCCCACUUUUUUCGGCGUCGGCGGAUAUCGGCCAAGGUGUGAGCAUGCAGACUCAACCACUCGACUGUGUUUGAUAUAGAUGAUACCCUUUAGUUUUGCGGUAGCGGACAUCUUCAUUUAUUAAGCAAUAUAUCUUUUGUAUGC